GGUUGGAAAGUGCGGGAACUACAACAACAAAGAACAGGCGGGAACAAUUUUAUCACUGAAAACAUGGUCCGAACAAAAGCAGACAGCAGCGGCGCUUCGAGAAAGGUUGUUGCUGCACGAGCUCCAAGGAAAGCUUUGGGUGGCAGUAGUUCUGGUAAUACCUCAUCAUGUUCCUCACCAAGUAGUAGUAAAAAUAAGUAUGCAGGUGGUAAUUCAGUCUGUGAUCAACCUACUCCUGAUUGGCAAAAAGGUAUUGGUGGCUUUUUGAUCCAAUCACCAAAGGGAAAAGGAAAGGAAAAUACCCUUGAGGACAGUGAGGCUGGGAGCAGUAGUAGUAGUAGUGGAUGUGGUAGUAGCCAAAGUAGUGAAGGACAGUCUUCAACAGCAGAUAAUGACUGAAUGAAUCAGAGAAUAAAAUAGUGCAUAUAUUUUUCAUCACAGCAUGAAAGUGUUUGAUAUUGAAAAGGACAUUUUUUGUGAACUAUUGAAAAAAUGAAGUCAGUAUGAAGCAAUUCUCAUGUAUGGACUAUAAAAAUGUAAUGGCUUUGUUAAAUAGUGCAAAGUUGUUGGAAGCAUUUAGAAUUUUCACUUGAUUUAAAAUCAUUGAGGUUGGUCAACUGGUCAGAUAUGUACAUCAAUAUUCAUUUGUCAUUUAUUUUAAUAGAGUGAUCAUGUUAAUGCAAUGUUUUAUCAUGUGUCAUGCAACAAAUUUGAAUUGAAAUUGUCACAAAUGUAAAUAUUGUACAGAAAUUAAUUAUGAUAAAAUAAACAAUAAUUUUAUGA